GUCAUUAAUCAACAUGAGGCCACAGCAAGAUGGCGGCCCCCUUCAGGAAAGUUGCUAGCAAACUAUUAUGUGGUUCUUGUCGUGUACUACAUGCAAGACUUAGAAGUCGAGUCAUCAUAUCGAGUCCAACUUCAGCCCAUUGCUGCUAUACUGUUGAUUCCAAUGACAAAAGCACGCAUUUUGGUUUCGAGACAGUUCCUGAGGGACAGAAAGCGGAGAAAGUGUAUAAGGUCUUCGAGAGCGUGGCUCAGAAAUACGAUGUAAUGAACGAUGCCAUGAGCUUGGGGAUCCACAGGCUGUGGAAGGACUCCCUUCUGCACGUCAUGAACCCACAGCCUGGAGCUCGCUUACUGGACACAGCUGGGGGUACAGGUGACAUCUCCUUCCGUUUCCUGGACUACGUGCGGUUCCAGCGCGGCCGGCGGGACCGCAGGGCGGCGCGGGCCAAUCAGACGCUGUCCUGGCAGCAGAUCAAUGACAGCUACACGUCCACCGAGCCGGUCCAGCAGGGGUCCAGGGCGGUGGUGUGUGACAUCAACAAGGAGAUGCUGAAAGUGGGGAAACAGCGGGCGGAGGAGCUGGGCUAUGGCACAGAUCUGUCCUGGGUUGUGGGGGACGCAGAGGAACUGCCCUUUGAUGAUGACCAGUUUGACGUGUAUACCAUAGCUUUCGGGAUCCGCAACGUCACUCACAUCGAACAGGCUCUACAGGAGGCUCAUCGGGUCCUGAAGCCUGGUGGCAGAUUCCUGUGUCUGGAGUUCAGCAAAGUUUCAAACCCCCUGCUGUCCAGUCUGUAUGAUGCCUACAGCUUCCAGGUGAUCCCGGUCCUGGGGGAGGUCAUCGCGGGAGACUGGAAGUCCUACCAGUACCUGGUGGAGAGCAUCCGGCGCUUCCCGGACCAGGAAACAUUCAAAGGCAUGAUUGAGGAUUCUGGAUUCUUCCGGGUGCAGUACUUUAACCUGACGGGUGGAGUGGUGGCCAUCCACUCUGGCUUCAAACUCUGAGUGGAUACUUCCUUCAUCUCCUCCAAUCCGCUGGCAGACUAAGGGUUAGCUGACGAGGCCUACCUGUUGCCUGGGAACAGACUGUCUCUGGAGGGUCUCCAACCUGUCAAUCAUGUGACAUCACUGCCUGGGGAACCAAUGGUAGCCCACGGAGAAGAAAAGUGCACCAACUACAAAGUUCAGCCAGAAACACAGACUUCCAUUUUAUAGAAACGAUGGCAUGUGUGAGGUUUUGGUGCUUGUUAUAAGUAUUUUCUCUGUUGUUCUGAUAGUUCAGGGGUCACAGAAAGACCUGAUCUGUUUUGAGAUCCCACCGCUGCUCCUGCACCUGUACUGUAUUAUGAAAACCGUUGUUUUGUUUGCUGAUGUUGUGUAUAAAGUUACAGGAUAAAGCCACAGGGAGAACCCCCCUCCUUGAUGAACAUGUUGUGGGUUCAUGUAGCAGUGAGCCAGCAUUGGUUUGUGCAGAUUAUAUAUUCAGAAAUGAAGCCAGGGUAUUUGGUUGGCAAGAAAAGUAACAAACACACUGGCCCUUCAGGACUGGAGUCGUUCGUCCCUGUGAUUACUUUGAAUAUAAAAUACAUCAGAGCGCACAAGAAGCAUUUAUCUGGUGAAAGGGUCUGAAAGCCAGGCUUGCAGGACCUGACAGAGGGCUUCAGGCGGAGGGCUUCAAAUGGAGGUUUGCACAGGGAUUUGGGUCAGUGCUCUGCAGUCAGAACAGGGGGAUCUUCCCCUUGUGCAAAUGAAAGGUUAUAUUGUCAAGUCCUUCUCACCUGCUUUUCAAUAAAACCUAAUUAUAUUCUUAAAAUGCAGUGUUGAUUUGAAUGUCCAUUGUACAAUUAAUUUAUUUCACCGUGAUUAAAUAUUCAUGCUGUGAUGGACUGGCGACCUGUCCAGGGUGUAUUCCUGCCUUUUGAAUGAAUGAAUAAAUAUACAUGAAUUGCUAUCCAUCUGAAUAAAAAUAAAUACAAAUGAUAUUAUAGACUAUAUAGUCAGACCUAUUUUGCAGUUUUUCCACUGAAAUAUAUUUCUCCAUGAAUUUGCUCAGAUUCCCAUUAAUUUAUUUCACCAAGGUUGUCAGAUAUACAUAGUUUAUUGCAUUUUUUCUACUACAGUCUAACCUAUUUUGAGUUUAUUUAUUAAGGUUUAAUAAAAUUUUGCCAUUUCCUGAAAA